CCCACACACCCUUCCUCCCCUUCCCUUCCCCCUCGGCUCCGCCGUACGCGUCGAGCUGUGUGCGCGUUUAUAGCUGGCCUCUGUCCUCCUCCUCCUCAUCUCUCUCCCUCCCUCUGUCCCCGCACUCCACUCCACUCCCCUCUCCCUCUGACAGCGCCCGGAGAUCUCGCCAUUGUGGCUGGAGGAGAUGAGAUGAGGGGACUCGCGCUACUCCUGCUCGCCGCCCUCUCCGCCGCCGCCGGGGCCGCGGCGCCGGGCUUCUCCGGCGACGGAGGGGGCGAGGGGGCCGGCACGGCGGCGGCGGUGGAGGUGGAUCCGUCGUGGCGGUUCCCGAGCCGCCGCAUCGAGGAUGCCUACGUGGCGCUGCAGACCUGGAAGCGCCACGCCAUCUUCUCCGACCCGAAGAACCUCACCGCCGACUGGGCCGGCCCGGACGUCUGCAACUACACGGGCGUCUUCUGCGCGCCGCUGCCGUCCGACCCGCGCGUGCUCGCCGUCGCCGGCGUCGACCUCAACCACGGCGACAUCGCGGGAUACCUCCCGCCGGAGCUCGGCCUGCUCGCCGACCUCGCGCUGCUGCACCUCAACUCCAACCGCUUCUGCGGCAUGAUCCCGGGCACGCUCCGCCGGCUCAGCCUCCUCCACGAGCUCGACCUCAGCAACAACCGCUUCGUGGGCCCCUUCCCCGACGUCGUGCUCGACAUGCCGGCGCUCCGGUUCCUCGACCUCCGGUUCAACGAGUUCGAGGGCGCCGUGCCCAGCCGCCUCUUCGACCGCCCGCUCGACGCCAUCUUCCUCAACCACAACCGCUUCCGCUUCGAGAUUCCGGACAACAUCGGCAACUCGCCGGUCUCCGUCCUCGUCCUCUCGCACAACACCUUCGGCGGGUGCCUCCCCGCCAGCCUCGCCAACAUGUCCGGCACGCUCAACGAGAUCUUGCUCAUCAACAACGGCCUCGAGUCAUGCCUGCCGCCGGAGCUCGGCCGCCUGCGGGAGCUCACGGUGCUCGAUGUCAGCCACAACCAGCUCGCCGGCCCGCUCACGCAGGAGGUGGCGGGGCUGAGGAAGCUGGAGCAGCUCAACGUCGCGCACAACCUGCUCUCCGGCCCGAUACCGCAGGCCGUGUGCGCGCUGCCGCGGCUCAAGAAUUUCACCUUCUCAUACAACUUCUUCACCGGGGAGCCGCCGGCGUGCGCGCGCGUCGUGCCCCGGGGCAGCGACCGGGACAACUGCCUGCCGAAUCGCCCCUCUCAGCGGACGCGGCAGCAGUGCGCCGCCUUCUACGCCCACCCGCCCGUCAACUGUGCGGCGUUCCAGUGCAAGCCGUUCGUCCUGCCUUCGCCGCCUCCGUCCCCGCCCCCGCCGUUGCCAUCACCGCCACCGCCGUUGCCUUCUCCGCCUCCACCAUCCCCACCGCCGCCAUCACCUCCUCCGCCGUCGCCAUCUCCACCACCACCAUUACCAUCACCACCAGUCCACCACUCACCACCGCCGCCAAAGCCAGUCCAACACCACCCACCGCCUCCUCCUGCCCCGCAUCCGCAUCCAAUGUGCCCCCCGCCGCCGCCCUGUGCGUGUCCGCCACCAGCAUUGCCACCGCCGCCACCCUAUUACCCCGGGCAAUUGCCACCUGUGUCCCGUGCAGAAUAUGGAUCACCACCACCGCCACCCUAUAACCCCGACCCAUUGCCACCCGUCACCUGGGCAGAAUAUGGAUCACCGCCACCGCCUUCACGGCAGUGAUACACAUAGAUUCUCCAAAAAAAAAUCAUCUGAAGGAAGACAUGGUUUUGCUCUCCCUCCUUACCUCUGUCCAUGGAUGGCAAGCUCACCAAAUCUACGUGGUCAUUGUCAUGCUUAGCUGCUAGUGUUCUUGAUUGAUGGCUACCGGCGUGAAGAGUUAGUUGUAAGGUGGGGCGGAAUUUUCUGGAUUAUGAUUUGUCGCCUGCGCAUCGAGACGAUUUGUGUUGCGGUGUUGAAAGGGAUUGGAGAAUAGGCUACAGAUUGAAGGCAAAUCGGGUUGUGAAUAAUAAGAGUUUGAGAGGGACAGAAGAGGAUUUGUGAGUGAGUGGAUUGUAGGUGCAGCAGGGAUAUAGUAUGUGUGGGGUGUAUAGAGAGAAGCAUGAGUUCAGUUCAAUUUAGUUAAAUUCAGUCAGACAUAAGUUUAGAGCAAGAGAUUCAGAGUGUUAUUUAUCUUCUUUUUGUAUCCCAGUUACUUCUUGGUUAUUCGAUUAUUGUAUUUUUUAGUCAGCAUUCUUUUAGCUUUGUUCUUUUGUUAAGUGUUCUAAUCCAAUCACGUUGACGAAUUUUGUCA